GAUGUUUGUAUCCAGGGCAGAAAUGCCACUUCCAACUACAUGAGAAAAAACCAUGAUGACUUUGCAGGACUGCUGCCUGCUCCGUUCCCAAAAUGACGGCAUCUGCCAGAACAUUCAGGUUUCCACCCUGUGAUGCUCCAGCAGAUUCACACUACAAGAGAUACAAUUCUGGACACAACUAAGAGGAAAAUUAGGGUAUAUAUCCCUAACUUAUCAGUGGAAGAGCUCUGAACUGCUUCAGAGACAUAAACCAUGCAUUCCAGAAGUAAAAGCACAGAAAGCCCAACCAGACCAAAGCUGAGCCAGCAAAGGCCGAAAGACCACCAUAAAGAAGAGGUUGGUUACAGUGGGAGAGAAAACGUGCAAGGAAGGCAGAAGGAGAAGGAUGAUGUAGCCCAAACCAGUACCAUCCUAAGAAGCCCUAAGGCAGAGAAAAAACAAAGAAGCUCUUUCAAGAAAAGAGAGGAUCUCUCUCGUGAUGACUUACUGUUUCUUCUUAGUGUCCUCGAGGGUGAAUUGCAGGCUCAAGAUGAAGUUAUAGGUGUACUUAAGGCUGAAAAAAUUGACUUGGCUGUGCUUGAAGCACAAUACGGAUUUGUUACUCCUAAGAAGGUGUUAGAGGCUCUCCAGCGAGAUGCUAUUCAAACCAAGGCUGAGCAAUGGCAAGAAGAUAUCUACGAAAAGCCUAUGAGAGAGCUUGAUAAAGUUGCAGAGAAACAGAAAGAGACUCACAAACGAAUGCUGAAGCAGCUUCUCAUGGUAGAAAAAUCACACAGACAGACAUUGUAUGAACUAGAAGAAGAGAAGAGGAGGCACAACCAAUACGUGGAAAAAAGCGACGAGUUUACACACUUACUGGAACAAGAACAUGAAAGACUGAAAAAGCUUCUUGAACAAGAGACAGCAUAUCAAGCGAAAAAAGAGAAGGAAAACUACAAGAAAAUAGCGAAACUGAAAGAAGAAUUGACUAAACUGAAAUCCUUUGCUUUAAUGGUGGUAGAUGAACAGCAAAGACUUACGGAACAGUUGAAUCAACAAAGUAAAAAAAUUCAAGAAUUAACCACUUCUGCAGAACAAACACACGAGAAGCUGGCCUUUGCUGAAGCAAAAGUUCUGGAAGAGGAACAGAAAUCCAGCAGGCUGGAGGCUGAACUUCAAGCCCAAAGCAGGAAGAUCUCCCAAGACCAAGAAGCAAUGAUGGCCAAACUAACCAAUGAAGACAGUCAGAACCGUCAGCUCCGGUUAAAAUUAACUUCUCUCAGCCGACAAAUUGAUGAGCUGGAAGAGACCAAUAAAUCUUUGCGAAAAGCAGAAGAAGAACUGCAAGACCUAAGGGAUAAGAUAAACAAGGGAGAGUGUGGGAACUCCACACUUAUGAGUGAAGUAGAAGACCUACGGAAACGACUGCUGGAGAUGGAAGGAAAAGAUGAAGAGCUCAUAAAAAUGGAAGACCAAUGCAGAGAACUUAAUAGAAAACUAGAAAAAGAAGCAUCACAGAGCAAGAACCUUAAAGGGGAAGUUGACAAACUCAACAAAAGAAUUAUGGAGCUGGAGAAAUUAGAAGAUGCUUUUAACAAGAGCAAACAGGACUGCUACUCCCUGAAAUGCAACUUAGAAAGAGAAAAAAUGUUAACAAAGCAGUUGUCCCAUGAGCUGGAUGGCUUAAAAGCUAGAGUUGGCGAGCUUGAAGCAAUUGAAAGUAAGUUAGAAAAAACUGAGUUUACACUUAAAGAAGAUUUAACAAAGCUGAAGAGUCUAACAGUGAUGCUUGUGGAUGAAAGAAAAACAAUGGGUGAAAAAAUAAAGCAAACAGAAGAAAAGCUGCAAGCUGCAACCUCUCAGCUUCAGAUGGAACAAAAUAAAGUGAUGUCUGUUACAGAAAAACUAAUUGAGGAAAGUAAAAAGGCACUGAAAUCAAAAUCUGAUGCCGAGGAUAAAGUGUUCAGUGUAACAAAAGAAAGAGAUGAACUGAAAAACAAACUCAAAGCAGAAGAGGAGAGAGGAAGUGAUCUUGUUUCCAAAGUGAAUGUUCUGAGAAAAAGACUUCAGUCACUAGAAGCUGUUGAAAAAGAGUUUCUUAAAAGUAAACUUAAGGACAGUACUAAAUCCAGCACCUCCUUACAGCAGGAGAACAACAAAAUCAGAGAGCUUUCUCAAGAAGUGGAGAGUCUUAAGGAGAAGCUGAAAGAAAUGAAGGCUAUAGAAGAUGAUCUUAUGAAAACUGAAGAUGAAUUUGAGUCUCUAGAACGAAGAUAUGUCAAUGAAAGGGACAGAGCAAAACUCCUAUCAGAAGAGCUGGAGGCUGUGAAAAUGGAAUUGGCUAGGUAUAAGUUAACAGAAAAGUCUGAAUCCAAUCAAGAACAGCGUCUUUUUAAGAAGCUUAAAGAAGAGGAAGCUAAAUCCAGUCAUCUUUCCAGAGAGGUAGAUGCACUGAAAGAGAAAAUUCAUGAAUACAUGGCAACAGAGGAUCUAAUCUGUCACCUCCGAGGUGACCAUACAGUCUUACAGAAGAAACUCCUCCAGCAAGAAAACAAGAACAGGGAGUUAGCAAGAGAAAUGGAGAGCCUCACAAAGGAAUUAGAGAGGUACAGACACUUCAGCAAGAACUUCAGGCCCAAUGUCAACGGGAGGAGAAUUUCUGAUUUGCAAGUUUUUUCUAAAGAAGUACAGACAGAUCCAGCAGACAAUGAACCACCUGAUUACAAAACCCUCAUGCCUUUAGAGAGGACAGUCAUAAACGGGCAGCUGUAUGAAGACAGUGAUAUUGAGGACAAAGACAACAAUGAGGAAGAACAGGCAGUGCCUUUCAAGAGCAACUCAUCAGUUACAAAUGCUGUGAACAAAAAGUUAUGGAUCCCUUGGAUGAAGUCCAAAGAGAGCCAACCUCAAAAUGGAAAGAUUCAUACAAAGCAAAAUGGAAACUGUGCACAGGCUGGAGACCUAGUGCUAAGCCACACACCUGGCCAGCCUCUUCACAUUAAAGUAACUCCAGACCAUGGGCAGAACACAGCAACACUUGAAAUAACUAGUCCGACCACUGAAAGUCCUCACUCCUACACAAGCACAGCAGUUAUACCCAACUGUGGCACUCCAAAGCAAAGAAUAACCAUUAUUCAAAACACCUCCUUUACACCUGUAAAAUCAAAAGCAGCAGAAGGUUACAUGAGCCCAGAGCAAGUAAUUUCUCCAAUUACUAUGGCUACUUUCACAAGAUCUCAAACUCCUGACUCGUGUGGUUCUUUAACUCCUGAAAGAACAAUGUCCCCUUUGGCUUUACCAGGCUCAAGUUCUCAGGAACAAAUACUCUCCUCAGAGCCUUUGGAAAUGGGAGCCAAGCACGCUGUUUUUAGACUAUCCCCAGACAGGCAGUCGUCAUGGCAGUUUCAGAGAUCUAACAGUACGGGAUCAAGUGUAAUAACUACUGAGGAUAACAAAAUCCACAUCCAUUUAGGAAGUCCUUACGUCCAAGCUCUCACCAAUUCCAAGCCCACCAGCCCUUGUAAUCCAGUGCAGGACAACAGAACACCAGCUCUAGCUAAUGGCAUACCCAGUAAGCCCACCAAUAAAAUCACCAGCAGUAUUACUAUUACACCAACAGCCACUCCUCUCCCACGGCAAUCACAAAUUACAAUUACUGACACGUUCCGUUGUUCAAUUCCAACUCGGAUCCCGAAACCAAAGCCAACAAGCACGACCAAAUUACCUGUCAAAAUUCCUGCUGGACGUCUGAACAAACCACUCCAAGACAGCAGUUCAGGAAAGCUACGUAUUAUAAGGACUGUGUCUAAAACUUGCCUUCAAAGUGGAGGAAGAAGAGUGCAUUCCAACAAUCUAAAUGGCUCAACUCAUAGUUUGUGGGAAAACUCCUUUCACAUAGGUCUUACUUUAAGAACUGCCAAAUCCUAACUCCCAAGCAAAGCAGAAGCUGGUGAUGAUCCCAUUGCUAUAAGCCAGAAUCUGGAUCCUUUUGCUGAAGCAAGGAGAUAUUUUGAUGCAUUCGUUUAUCCGUUUUUCUGCUCUUAUUUCAGAGUUGGAAGUUUAACACCAAAAGAAAGCAACACAUUAGCUCUGUUGCUUGAUAGUCUUUACAAACUCACAACAGAAACCUAUGCCUCCCUCACCACAAAAAAACUAUCUAGAAGAACUUAAGAGAAGGGAAAGUUUAGAAAGAUCAGUCUAAUGGAAAAAAAAAUAAUUCAGCUUGUGUCCUACAAGACACAUGACAAAAAACAAAGGUUAAAUAAUGGCUGACUCUUCCAUACUAAAAAUAAAAGGUUUCAACGUCUAUUUACUAAAUCUGCACAUAACUAUAGUUACAAGGCUCCAGAUCAUGUAUGUUUAGAUCUAAAUGCAGUUCCCAGAAGCACACACCAUUAUAUAUUCUGCAACUUGCAGAGUAAGUGUGGAAACACCAAGAAACACAGAUUUCAAAAAGCAGCUGUCAAUUUGAUGUGCUUAGCAGAGAUCUCUUCAGUAUAAGACCAGGUUUUAUAAGAAGGCACAGCAACUGAUGGAUGAGCCAAAAAAAAAAACAAAAACAAAAAACUCUUGAUACACAGGUCCAUCAACAGAUGUCAGCUCUGAUCACGCAACAGAACUUGAACAGCCCGCUUCCUGAUAGCUCCAAAUUGCAUAUUACAAAUUGAUGCUAUUUGGCACCCUUUAUUGCCAAUCUACAGAAGGAAAAGAAACACCUCGGGCAAAAGAAAUUGAUUCCUACAACAGCAGCCCUCACUUUAGAGCCCACAAAGGACCCCACAAAUACUGCCAGAUCGUUCUCCAUGGUACCAUGUUAUACUUCUCAACUAUUUGUACUGCUGACAUGGAAGUGUUUCUCUCUUUUCCUCCUGCCUGAGGAUAACACCAUUCAUUUCUACCUAUGAGGCACAUGGCCCACACAGGCUCUCACUCAUGGAUCUAAACAAACUAACAAACUGGGAUACGACACUCUUAAGUGAUAAAGGGAGACAAAGAAAGCAUGUUGAAUGAAAGACAAGGAGUGGUAACAUAAAAGAAAGAAACUGGAAGAAUAUCUGAAAAACAGAAGUCCGUCCCUCUCUUCCCAAACUGCUGGGGAGAAGUGGCAUGCUGGCUGCAGGCAAGAUGCAGACAUGUACAGGGAUGCAACACGUGCUCUUUCUGUUCAUGGAGAGAAGAGGAGUAAGUCAGUGACCUUCACAAGUAUUAAACAAACUCCUUAACAUUCCUUAUUCCCUCCCUUAUAGUUCUGAAUGCAAUACAAAAACCAUAUUCAAGACUGGCCAUAGUUGUGACAUGAACUGGACAAAGGGAGGGAAGGAAACCCUACUGUUAAAUGACUUGGGACAUUUGUAACACCAAACAACACUGCUAAGUAGACAGUAAUACCUAACAGCUCUCUCCGCAAAUCUCCUGUCAAAGUUAAAAGACUUGUUAAAAAAGUUAUUGAGCAAGAUUCUUUAGUUUGUGUCAUGAGACAAGGUAAAUAGAUUGCUAAUCCCUUCACCUGUUUUUUUGUUGCUGGUGUGUUUUAGUUGUUUGUGUUUAUUAACAACUAUAAACCACCUUCAGCAGAGUAAACAUUCAUGUCUUAAAGUGAGAGUAACUACACUUGAUCUUUAAUAUAGAUUCUAAAACAAGUUUCAAUUAUGUGUCCAAAAGCAAAUUUAGAAUUACCUUUACAUAUCCAAAUACUGAGAUAUAUAUUUUGUGUUUUCAUACCCUUUAAGCUGGUCUGAACACUUUUCAUGCAUUUCAUCUUAUAAAUGACCUCUUCUAACUACAAGUUGCUAAAACCUAAGACACUUUUGAGGGCUGAUUUAUUAGGAAGAGUAUUCCAUUGGUCAGAACUUAUUCUCAGGCUAGUCUUAAAGAACUUGGCAAAAAAUCAGCAUUUUUAAAAUACAUAUAGAGUUCUGCUUUGCAUCUACAGCUGUGGCAGAGAUGCAUUUGUUAGGUCAUAAAAUGAAUUUGGAUAGCACAGUGCUUUUUUUAACAUAACAGUGUUUCACAGAAAUAAACUUGGAGUCUGUCAAAAGUGCUUGCUAAUAAGCAAUAUUUCUUGCAUUGCUGCUUACAUUGUCCAUUGUAAACCCUGAUAUCCUAUUUCACGCCAACUGAUUUUAAAGCAUUUUACAGUAUCCAUAGGAUGCAGUACAAACUAAGCUUUGAUUUUGCAUCUGUUGUACAUGAAAAAUAGCUACACAAAAUAAAAGUAACAGAUGCUUUUCUUACAUUA